AUGCUACUAUAUCAGUUGCAGCAUUACUAUUAUUUUACUAGCAUAAUCAAAUCUAAUGCUUGCGUCGGUUGUCGUUUGGUACUUCGGUCUGCUGACGUCAUUCAGUCCGUCCUAUUUCUGGAUUCUUCUGCUGCGGGGACUUGUGGGUGCGGGGAUUGCUGGCAUGCCGCAUGGGUGUGCUGGGCCACGGGCACGAUGUUCGAGAUCACCCUGUCUGCCAUCGUGAUCCCGCGGCUUGGCUGGAGGUGGCUCCUCGCUCUGUCCUCUAUACCCUGUUUCGCCAUCAUCGUCCUCUUCCGGUACCUGCCGAUGUCGGCCCGGUACCUGGUGGGCGCUGGACGCAAGGAGGAGGCGUUCAGGAUACUGCAGUCCAUCGCCAAGAUCAGCAAAACGCAACUUCCAGAGGGCGAACUGGUUGAGGAAAUGCAGGACCAAAGAGGGCACCCGAAGCUCCUGUUUUCCCGCUCUUACCUCCGUACGACGCUACAACUGUGGGUCCUGUGGUUCGGGACUGCCCUCACUUAUUAUGGAAUGGUUCUGGCCAGCGCUGAGAUACUUCAACUGCACAACGCCAAGACCGCAGGUGGGCAGACGUGCAAAUGCAUUGGACUGAAAACUGACGACUAUGUCUCCAUGAUCUUCAGUACUCUUGGAGAAUACAUUUCGUUGCCGCUCAACAUGCUCCUCAUCGACGUCAUCGGGCGACGCUACACGGGCGCCGUGAACUUUGUCGGCUGCAGCGUGUUCUUCCUGCUUAUCCAGGUGCACGUGUCCCAGGAGGUGCUCACGUUCUUCAUCUUCAUGGUGCGAGGCUUCUCCACUGGCAUCUUCAACUUCGUCUAUAUCUACACGACGGAAGUUUACCCAACAUCUAUACGAGCGUCUGGUCUAGGUACCUCGUCCACGUGUGCCAGGGUUGGAGCUAUGAUUACUCCAUUUCUUGCCCAGGUGCUCUUGGACGCCUCUCUGUCGGCAGCUGUGUGGGUUUAUGCCUGCAUAUGUUUCGUGUGCGCUGCGGUGGCCGCCUUGUUGCCCAUAGAAACCAAGGGAAGGGCAUUGCCGCAAAUAGUAACAUGAGACAGUUUCAAGAACACGGACUGACGUCAUCGCCCGAUAAACCGGACAUUGUACAGCACAACAAGACCAUAUCGCAGUGUGAAUACAGUUUGUGUUAUGUUUCAUGACGAGACACUUGUUUUUGUUGUUGUAUUCUAUAAAUUCAAUUAAGGUCUUAGAAAGUUCAUAACGGUGACAAUGUCAAAUUUCUACACUGCGUCACAAUCACCUCUAGCUACCAUGGCGUCAGCAAUAGCAACGCUUGACCCGAUCUCGUUUCCAAGGGCGGCUUAAAAAAUCACGUGGCAAAAUACAUGAUAUUGUAAAAGUGUGUAUACUACAAAUCUGUUUACUUAUAUGCUUCUAUAGCGUAUGC